CAGGGGGCGGGCGCAGGGAGCGGGGCGCGGCUGAUGAAACCGGCUCCCGUUCCCUCCCGCCCUCAACGCUCCAUUCACUCUGCGCGGGCAGGUGUGAGCGGCAGGUCAGCUGCCGGCGGGGCGCGCGGCCGCCCGGCGUCCGUUACCUGAGUCUCCCGCUCCGGCUCCCCGCGCGCCGCGCCUCCGCCCGAGCGUCCGUCAGUCCAGCCGCGGUCUUGCCUGCAUCCCGCCGCCCGCCGGCCCGGAGCCUGCAGCCCCGUCUCGUCCCUCCUGAGACGUCUCCGCUCCAGGACCCAGGGAUCCUCGGGUGACAAGGUGACCGUCCUCACGUCAUAGUCCAGGUGUGAGCUGCAGGAUGGGGUGCAAGGUGCUGGUGGGCAUCGGGCAGCAGAUGCUGCGGCGGAAGGUGGUGGACUGCAGCGGGGAGGAGAGCCGGCUGUCCCGUUGCCUCAACACGGUCGACCUGGUGGCGCUGGGGGUGGGCAGCACGCUGGGGGCCGGCGUCUACGUGCUGGCCGGGGCCGUGGCCCGGGAGGACGCGGGGCCCGCCAUCGUCAUCUCCUUCCUGGUGGCCGCGCUGGCCUCCGUGCUGGCCGGCCUCUGCUACGGCGAGUUUGGCGCUCGGGUCCCCAAGACGGGCUCGGCCUACCUCUACAGCUACGUCACCGUAGGCGAGCUCUGGGCCUUCAUCACCGGCUGGAACCUCAUCCUCUCCUACAUCAUCGGUACUUCGAGCGUAGCCAGAGCCUGGAGCGCAACGUUUGACGAGCUGAUUGGCAAACCCAUCGGGGAGUUCUCGCGGACGCACAUGGCCCUGAACGCGCCCGGGGUGCUGGCCGAAAACCCGGACAUAUUUGCUGUGAUCAUAAUUCUGAUCUUAACAGGACUUUUAACUCUGGGCGUGAAAGAGUCAGCCAUGGUCAACAAAAUAUUCACGUGUAUCAAUGUUCUGGUCCUGGGCUUCAUCAUGGUGUCGGGAUUUGUGAAAGGAUCCAUUAAAAACUGGCAGCUCACGGAGGAGGAUUUCCAGAACACAUCUGAUCACCUCUGCCUGAACAAUGACACGGAGGUGGGGAAACCUGGUGUCGGGGGGUUCAUGCCCUUCGGGGUCUCCGGUGUCCUGUCGGGGGCAGCCACCUGCUUCUACGCGUUCGUGGGCUUCGACUGCAUCGCCACCACAGGGGAGGAGGUCAAGAACCCCCAGAAGGCCAUCCCCGUGGGCAUCGUCGCGUCCCUCCUGAUCUGCUUCGUCGCCUACUUCGGGGUGUCGGCCGCCCUCACGCUCAUGAUGCCAUACUUCUGCCUGGACAAGGACAGCCCCCUGCCAGACGCCUUCAAGCACGUGGGCUGGGAGGGCGCCAAGUACGCAGUGGCCAUCGGCUCCCUCUGUGCCCUUUCCACCAGCCUUUUAGGGUCCAUGUUUCCCAUGCCUCGAGUUAUCUAUGCCAUGGCUGAAGAUGGGCUGCUGUUUAAAUUUUUGGCCCAGAUCAACAAUAGGACCAAAACACCAAUAAUCGCCACGUUAACCUCAGGUGCCAUUGCUGGUGUGAUGGCCUUCCUCUUCGACCUGAAGGACCUGGUGGAUCUCAUGUCCAUCGGCACUCUCCUGGCCUACUCUUUGGUGGCCGCCUGUGUGUUGGUCUUACGGUAUCAACCAGAGCAGCCUAACAUGGUAUACCAGAUGGCCAGGACUAGUGACGAGCUCGAUCCAGUCUACCAGAACGAGUUGGUGAGCACCAGCGAUUCCCAGAUGGGCUUUUUACCAGAAGCAGAAACGUUUUCUCUGAAAACCGUACUCUCACCCAAAAAUACAGAGCCUUCCAAAUUCUCUGGGCUAAUUGUGAACGUCUCAACCAGCCUCAUCGCCCUGCUGGUCAUCACCUUCUGCAUGGUGGCUGUGCUUGGCAACGGGGCCCUGGUAAAUGGGGAGUUGUGGGCAGUCUUCGUGCUCAUGGGCUCCGCCUUCCUCUGCUGUGUGGUCACGGCCAUCAUCUGGCGGCAGCCCGAGAGCAAGACCAAGCUCUCCUUCAAGGUGCCCUGCCUGCCGGUCCUUCCCGUCCUGAGCAUCUUUGUGAACGUCUAUCUCAUGAUGCAGUUGGACCAAGGCACAUGGGUCCGGUUUGCAGUGUGGAUGCUGAUAGGCUUCUUGAUCUACUUUGGCUACGGCCUCUGGCACAGCGAGGUGGCGUCCCUGGCCGCCGACCCAGCAGGGACUCCUGACGGUCACUCGGACCAUUGCAAGUGACGCACAGCCCUGCCCCCACGGCCCCAGCAGCAACUCGCUUCCCCCCGCCCAUGCACGGGACCCGCCCGCACCCACAGAGCACAGUGCCGCGACGGAGCGGCCCGCGUGUCCUGCUCAGGCCGGCUCGCUGGGCCCAUCACCUGGCGCCUCCCGGCUGGGGCCACGGGGCCGAGGCUGCCCACCUGCCUCUGAGCCUCUCGCUGAGCAAGACAGCAGCCUAGCUCCUCGCCGGCCGGGCGCCCCUGCUGCUGCGGCCUUGGGCAGAAUGGAGGUCACCUCCUCUCGUCACCUGAGCGGUCCGGCCUCCCUUCCAGGGACUGUGCUGGACACUCCAGUCCCCGCCUCCCCGCCCAGCCCUGAACAGUCGCCCCAGAUGCCAGCCGAGCACCACGACACGGUCUGUCCCCAGCUGAGCCCCACGGGGCCGCCCCAAGCCUGAGGACAGCGGUUUAGUUUACUUAGGAAGGAAGACGAGACGGUCUCCUUCUCCUGCUUCUGCCCUCUGGGCUGCCUCCAGAGGGGUCGUGAGGACUGUGAUCUCCCGCCUCCUUCCGGGCAGGGGCUCUGGCCCCCCUCGCACACUGCACACUCGGGCCGCAGGACCGGGCUCUGCAUGGGGCCAGGGCGGUGGCUACUCCACCCGGACUUCCUGCAGCCACCAGCCGUCCAGGCCCCGGGCCGGUUCCUGCUGCUCUGGUGUGUCUCAGCGCCGGCCGAGUCCUGAAUAACUGGAAUGUGACACUAUUUCUGUAGGACCCGCCUCGAGUGAGCCGAGCGGAGAACAGGGUUUUCUGUGGUCCUGGCUCCUCCCUGAGUCCUCCUCUGCCGCUUGUAGGUCGGUUUUUUGGGUCUCAAGGUCCCCGAGGCUGGCGUCCUCUCGUCCUAAGUGACGGCGUGGCCCUCCAGCUGCUUCUGGCCACUCUUGUGUCUUAUCCUCACGUGGAGUCCUCCUGCCCGUUGCUGUGAAUCAGUCACUCCACCAAAUUCAGUUGGCGGUUAACAGUGGCACGGCACAUGGCCAAGUGAUUACCCCGAAUUGUCCAGGGUAUGGGGUCUGCACGUGACAUGGUUUGGGGUCACAUUGCUGUGCCUCUCGUGUGGGGGUGUGUCGUCCAGACGCUGUGGGUUUGUGUGCGGGUCGGUGACCCGCCCUGCACCCCUGCCUCGGUGUCUGUGUCCCUGUGCACACGGCGCUCCCUCCCGAGGCCCUGGGGACACUCCUGGUAGCUGGGCCGAGCCUUCCCGAGAGAGUGUAAUUCGGUAGACGGAAGGGCCCGUGUUGGCAGCUGAGGGGCAGGCAUGUUGGGCUCCACGGGAGAUGUAAAUGCUGCUUUGGAAGCUUAGCUCCCCGUAUCUUCCCCCUCUGGCCUUGGUCACAAACCUGGUAGAAGCCUGAUGAACUGAUGGCACUUGGCUUUUCUCCCUCUGCCCCAGAAAGUUCUUGGAGAAAAAUGCAAGAAUGAGUGAAGCAGCCAGAUGGCAGGGUCAGCCUUCGUUCUAGGCUCUGGCAAGUCUGGUCACUCGUGGAAGCUUUAUUCUCAGAAUCACUUGUGGAUCUUCCAGCGGGAGGAUUAUAAAAGCCCAAAGCUUGGAUUUCCAAAGAAAGGUAUUUAAAUUUAUGUAGCUUGGUGCUUGGUACAACAUUUUGAUAAAUAUUAACUUAUUUUGUUGGGGUUUUGGUUGUCUGCUGUCUUCUUGGGGCCUGUUAGCCAUUUGUUUGCUUGAUUUGUCUGCUGUUUUUCCACAGAGGCAGAGAGCGUGAGGGAAUGAGGGUGUCCAAGAAAGGUGGCAGGUUGAGAGGUGUUUUUUCUCUUUUUCCUUCUGGCUGAAAUUUCCCCGUGUGACACCCCGCAGCAGACUGCACGGCUGCCGUUUCAGCCCGCAGCGCUCGUGGCUCUCCAGCCGAGAAGGUGUGUCUCAGCGUCUGACGGGGCGAGCGCGUCCCGACACGCGGUCCCCCUCCUCACCCCGAGCCGCGAAGUGCUGCGCAGAUGGGCGGUGGCUGCCCCGAGAAGCCCCCCGCCCGCCCCCCCGGAAAGAGCACCUGGGGUCCCGGGACGGGGCCUGUGAGAGCGCGUCUUCAUGCCGCUGCCGAGGGUUUUCUCUUCCGUGCGUGGGGCGGCGCCUCCGAAGUCAGUGGGCUUUCUGAUCACACCCCUCCUUCCUGGCUCUGAGCUGGACACGCACACAAACACGUACACACAGAGACACACGGCCAAAAGUAACCGCCGGAAGUGCCCGACGGCUUCACAUCCCAGCCUCUCCCGCACUCGGUUCCAGGGCUUGGCUACGUUUUCCCUCAGAGUCAGAAGUUCCACAUUUCCAGUGACGCGCCCGCAGGGGAUACCGUGUCUCCUUUUAUCUGUGCACCAGCCCCAAAUGGUCACAUUGGAAAGACCCGCGUGGGAUGGGGAAGCGCCCCUUCCUGCUGCCCGUGGCCCCCUCCCUGCGUGUCCACGGCUUCGUGAAAACCCACGCGGAUCCCCGGGACCUGUGCCAAAGAGUGAGGGGGGCGGGGUUUCCGGAGAGGCAGUGAGCCCCAAGCCACCCCCCGCCCCGGGCAGGAGCUCGAGCCUCUGCACAGCCCCCAGCUCAGCUGCUCACACCUCCUCUGCCCAGCUCUGGGCCGGCUUUGCUGUUACAAACCCAGAAGGCCGCGGGACGGAGCCGUCUUUCCAGGCCGUCUUGGAGAAGCUGCUGACUUUAGACUGUCGUCAGGGUCGCUCACCUCCCCCACUCUGGGUUUUGUUCCGUUGAGUCUGUCUCCAUCAGGUGGUCGGCUUCCUGGUUCCGUGUAGUUUGGACACCACGGGCCUCGCCCUGUGUCCACAGGUGAUUGCGGCACUGUGGAGGCUUCUCUGCCCACCCCGAGCCCCCGGGCCCGUGGCACUCCCUUCUCCACCUCUGACACAUCUGUUCACACCUGGGAGGAGCGCGGGCCCAGCAGGAGCCUCGCGAUGUGUUUUCUGUGCUUUGUGCAUGGCGUCAGGGGGGCGGACGGCGGGAGGCGGGGGGGACCCGGGCUGUACCAGGUCUCCUCCCCUCCACCCCGUCCUCCAGGCAGGCAGGGUGAGUUGACAGGUCUUGCUGUCCUGCCUAGGGUGGUGUCUAGCCUGACGCUGUAGGCAGAGCUGUCAGCAUCGGGUGUGUGGACACGUCUCCUAACGGCCCCACCCAGACUGUCGGCGAGCCCACGGGCAUUUGAGCAGGCCUCACUGCUGGAGAAAAGCUGCCUGGCUUCAUGCUGGGACCUGUCUUUCCUGACCUGGAUGCCCCGCUUUGACACAUUAAGAGCCGCUUGUUCUGUUGGCACCCGAGAACCAGCCCCGUGGAGACAGGAGGGAGGGGACUUGGUUCUAGGCCCGGUGGCCCGAGUGUUGUAGGACGGAUGGAGAGGCAUGACCACACUCUGGGCGCAGGCCUGUGACGCUUGUGUGAGUUAAGUUCAGAUGGAACUAAAUAUAUGUUGUGCAUAAUUGUUAGGUGUAAUUUAAAAUGCAUCUGUUUGCCGUGGUAAUGAGAGUAUUGUAUGUAAGGCCUCUUAGGGAGAGCAAGAUGUACAUUUUAUCAGACUCUUGUGGACUUUUUUGGGUAAUGAAAUGCUUUAUUGGUCCAGUGGUGCAAGAAGCUACAGACAUUCUGUAUCUCGUCAUCGUAAUUACAAUACCUAAUGGGAGGUUAAGGCAGGAAAAAAAAAAAGUCAACUGACCUUCCUGUUCAUCACUAUGGCCAAGUCUUUCUGUGCCCGUUGCUUCGCUGGGUGGCAGUGCUCUUUCAAGAGGGGCGUGGACUGGCCAAGGGUCUUGGGGCACAGUUCUCCGGAGCCCCCCUGGCCCACCUUGUAAGUGUGUUGAACUGCUGAAAACCCCUGUGAGAUGAAAGACCUUGGCUUGAAGUCCAAAUGGGAUUUCUCCAAACAGUCAGGGAGGAGGGCUGGGAAGAUGCAUUCAGACUUUGUUAAAUUAUUAACAAGGUAUAUAAUUUUGUGUUUCUUGAUGACAAACUUUUUAAGUUUGGGACUUAUUUUCCCAUUGGAGAAGUUAUAUAUUUAAGAUAAGUUUCCUGCUUACGUUGUGCCUUUCAGCAUUGAUGGGUCUAAGGAGCACAGAGGGUGACGAUCUUCUCGAGGGUUGGUUUAUAAUCAAACCUGAAGAGCUGUGGUUUCCUCAGUACACUUUCUUCUACUGAACGUGGAGCCAUUAUUAAGAGAAUUGUGUUUUUUUAAUUAUGUAAAUUGUAUAAUAUUUUUGCUUGUUUGAUCUAUUUUUCUAAUAGUUUUCUUAUAGUUUCUUAUAAUUGUGAUACUAGAUUUAGAUUCUGACGCUAACUGCAAAUCAGAUUGGCCUCUGCUGGUCCCCCCGUUUUUAUUUUAAGGACAAGAGUAGAUGUCGUCCAUCACCUUUAAAAAAUGUGAACCUCUGCUCUGUAUCCCAGUUUUGCUGACAACACUGUGCAUUGAUACCAUUCUUCAUGUUGUAAAGUCGAGCUAUUUUGUGGUACAUCCUCUCAUGCUUCCGCAAAUCCUAAUAAAUUCCGUCUAUGGCC